UCUCGCUUCGCUUCUGCAGUGGGACUUGGUUUUGCUGUCCAUUAGGAUAAGGUUGCACCUAGCUACAUGUUGUUUUCGAGCCGUCGUUUCCUUUAGAUAAGGCAUUUCAUCGAAGGAUGAGCGAUAACGAUGACAUCGAGGUUGAUAGUGACGAAGAAUCAUCGAGAUAUAUCAAUGUGGCAGACAAACGGGCACAUCACAAUGCGCUGGAGCGCAAGCGAAGGGACCACAUCAAAGACAGCUUCCACAGCCUACGAGACUCCGUGCCUGCGUUGCAGGGGGAAAAGAUGGCGGCUCAUGGAGCGGCUUCAGGAAGUGGCGUAAAGGCAUCUCGAGCCCAGAUCCUAGACAAAGCCACAGAGUACAUCCAGUACAUGCGAAGGAAAAACCACACACACCAGCAGGACAUCGACGACCUGAAGAAGCAAAACGCCCAGCUGGAGCAGCAAGCAGUGCGUGCCCUGGAGAAGGUGAAGGGCCUGCAGGGCAGCUACUCCUCCUCGGACUCGGUGCCGGCUCGCUACACCAACGCCAAGGGCAGCACAGUCUCCGCCUUCGACGGCGGCUCCGGCUCCAGCUCCGAGUCGGAAAUCGAGGAGCCGCCCACGCGCAAGAAGGUCCGCGCAGAAGCCAGCUAGGAGGAGCAGCCAUGGCAAAAGCAGCAGCAGCAACAACAACAACAACAACGACAAGACAGCCGUCCCCUAGCGUGUGGUGGGGGGUUGGAGGGGCCGCGUUUGUGUGUGUGGGGGGGAAUCAGAUGGCUCCCUGGCCCUGUUUCAACCACUACCAACAUCUACCCACCAACCCAUCCACCCACUCACUCCAAUAAUGCUUCCCAAGCUUUGUCCAUUGUUUUCUGACCACCUGUCUUAGCUUCGUUGUGUGACAACCAGCCCCCCCCACUCCAACCCAUUCCUUUUUCCGUCACUCCCUCCUCCUUUCACCAAGUCCAGAAGAGGGGAGUGAAGAACGUCUCUGAUCUGCCCAAGCAGGAGGACGCCAUGAUGGUGUGAUGUGGUCACCGUUUGGAUUUUUAACCAAGGACAGGAAAAGUAAUUCGUCUUGAAUGGGUAGCCUCCUUUUUAUUUUGUUUCUAUUUGUUACUUUUUUUUGGUCACCUUCCCCUCUCUCCUCUUUCAUUGGCUCUGGUAGGACAAUCCAGACUUCCAGACCAGGCAGCUUUGCUUCUUGUGGACUCCAUGCUAUUUUGUCAUUUUCGUUUGUUUUGUCUGUUUGUUUUGUUUCUUUACUUGUUUUUCCCUCUCCUUAAAGAUAUCUGUGCCCAUUAUUCUCCAACUGGAGUCCAGAGAAGCAGGGGAGAGAGGCCUAGCACCUCCAAGCACUGCUAAAGCAAAACAAAACAAUUUUUUGGUUUACAUUUCUUUGUCCCCCCCUUUUUUUUUCCUUUUUUGUGAUUGACCAACACAAACCAACCUGUUGGAACUUCACACACACAGCCCACAAUAAACUAUCUUCAAGGAAUAGUUUACCUUUGUAAAAAGCAAAAACAAAAAGAGAUGAAAAAUAAUUGAGUUUUUCUCCUCAAAGAGAAUGUGAAGCUUCAUAUCAGCUAGUUGUUAGUACUCACCUCAGGUGACGCAAGUCAAAAGGAAAAAAAUCGUGAUGCUAUUCUGUUUGAAAUUGAUGUUAUGGAAUAGAAGGAUUUCAAUCUGAAAUUGUUUGUCCUUAAAUCUUGAUGUAGAGAACCAUUUUUAGAUGGCUUCCUUCAGUUAGAUUUCUGAGCUUUUUUUGGUAAGCAAACGGCGGGGGGGAAAAAUUGAUCACUGCUUUCAAAGCCUCUGAAUUUCAUAAAAUGUUUGUGUAUUUGGGAACUCUGCGGAUGAUAUGCUAGAUGUAUUUCUCCUGUGUAAUGAAAAAAAAGUAGCGUCAAGUCCAAUUUGUUGUUUUAGGUUUCUUUUUAUUUUUAAAAAAAGGAAUGGUCUCUUGUGUUUUGCUUUACAAGGUAAUAUUUUAAAUCUUGAGGGUUCCAUUUGAAAAGAUUGUAAAAACCUCCCCCACAAAAAUAGCAUUUUGCCUGUCGAAGGUGUGUGAGUGUGUUGCGUGCAUGUGUGUAUGUGUAUAUCUUUAACUCUUUUUUUUUUCAUUUAGGACAUUUUAGAGUAUACUAAAUAGAUAUUUUGUUUGUCCAAUUCCAUUCCAUGGAAACUACAGGUAUGUUGUACAUACUGCCAACAACUGUCUUGCAAGUUGAGGCCUACCUUUGUUAUGAGACUAUAAAUAAAACUAUUUUAUCCUUUAAA